AUGUUGCGUACCUUGGCGCGCCGGAGUACCGUCGCAGCUGCCGCUGCCGUGGUCGCAGUGCAAAGCGACAAGCUUCCGAUAUAUUCUGCCCCGACCCCAGAGAUUGUCCUUGUUGAUACACCAUCAAAACUGGAGAGACAGAUAGGCAACGCUCGCCGUGCAGUCACCACUCGCUACCUCGAGGCACACGCCCGUGUACAAGGGGUCGUUUCCCGAUGGAUCGGUGUGGAAGAAGCCGUCGAAAAGCGGGUAAAGUCGCUCGUCGCGCCGGACGAGCCAGUCACGCCAGGCAUACUCUACGUCGGGGUCGCGACCCUGACCGGCUCCAUCUUCGCGCGCAACCGCGGGCUCUUCACCCGCGGGCUGCUCCCGCCCACGCUACUCGUCCUCUCCCUCAACCACUUCCUGCCCAAGACUGCGCACAACAUCUCCGCGUACUGCGGCGAGCUCGAGGACAGGUAUUUCCCCACCCUCGCCGAGAAACACGAGAUCGCGAACCAGCACACCGCGAUGACCUGGGAGCGCCUCAAGGAUGCGGGGCGCGGCGCCCGGGAGGGGAUCACUAACGGCGUCGGCACGGCCCUCGAGCGCGCGGAGGUCGCGACCGGCUUGAAGCUGAAGGAGACGAUGGGCUGGAGCCGGGGCGUCGCGAUCGCGGUGGAGGAGCGCACUAAGGAGGCGGCACACAUUGUCGAGGAGAAGACUGAGGCGGCGGUGGAGGCCGUCAAGGAGACCGCCGCCGCUGCCGUCAAAGCGGUCGAGCAGAAGACACACGCUGCGACGACCAAGACCGCGCAAACCACCGAGAAGGAGCCAGGAGUGGCAGAUAAAAAGGCGGACGAGCCAAAGAGGCCCACAUAG